CUGCGGCGGCGGCCGAUGACGCGGGGGUGACGCGGCGGAAGCGCGUCGCGGCGUCGCCUUCCGCUGCCCGCCCGGCCCAAGGUGCCUGCGGAGCUCGGCGGGGCCGGCGGGGCCGUCCGUGGGCGCCGCGCGCCAUGAUGGUGGGCAGGACCAGCGCCAUCGCCGCGGGGCUCUGCGGGGCGCUCUUCAUCGGGUACUGCAUCUACUUCGACCGCAAGCGGCGCAGCGACCCCAACUUCAAGAGCCGGCUGCGGGAGCGAAGGAAGAAACAGAAGCUUGCCAAAGAGAGAGCAGGGCUUUCCAAGUUGCCUGAUCUGAAAGAUGCUGAAGCAGUUCAGAAGUUUUUUCUUGAGGAGAUCCAGCUUGGCGAGGAACUACUAGCUCAAGGUGAAUAUGAGAAAGGUGUUGAUCACUUGACCAAUGCCAUUGCUGUGUGUGGACAGCCGCAGCAGCUACUACAAGUUCUACAGCAGACUCUUCCACCACCAGUGUUUCAAAUGCUUCUAACUAAGCUCCCUACAAUAAGCCAGAGAAUUGUAAGUGCACAGUGCUUGGCUGAAGAUGAUGUUGAAUGAGGUCACACCACAACAGGGGGAAAAAGUGUUUUCUUACCCCAGAAGAUGAGCAUCAGUAGGGGGAUAAAGGGGCAAACAUAGUAGUUAAUGGACUGUGUACCACAUCGGGUUCUACCAGAGUUAAAUUAACUUUGUGUAGGUGGGUUUCGCAGGAUUUUAUUUAUUACCCCAGUGAAAAGUGUAUUUUGAUAAGAAUUCAUUUUAUAAAUACACUGUGUUGAGUUAUCAAAGUAUCACUAACUUCAUUAUUAAAAUAUGCAGUUGUAAUGUUGUACAUAUAAAGACAUAAAACUACAACCUAUUGAAAACCCAAUGCUCAUUUUUGAAAAAAACAAAGCAAAGUUAUGGCAAUAAAGAUUUAUCUGCA